CUGUAAACAAACGUAAAGAGAAACACGGGAGCAAUGACACUGCUCAGCUGUGUGUCUUCUGUCCCGUGUCUGUGUUGAUGAUGGCCUUCAAGGAGAGUGCUCGCCUUGUCUGUGGGUUGUGGCAUCCUCAGGGUGUGUUUUAGGAAUGGUGUUUCUACACCAACCUCGGCCCUCAUGGACCUCUCACCUGAUCUCAGCGACCAUGAGUUGGCCCAAAGUGGAAGCCACACCCGCAGCCUGUCCGUAUCAGACCUCUCCUUAGCCUCCAUCCUCCCAGAAACUGUCAAUGAGACCAUCGUCAAUGGCACCUAUGACAGAAACCUUAAUAGGGAAUCUGCAGUCAACAGGAACCAUGCAGGGGCCCUGGGUUGUUGGAGCAGUGAGUUGCCCAGGAAGUCCUACAGUCUUCCCCAUCACUACAAGCACCACCUGGUGGGCGUGUGGCAUGGGCAAGGGAGAGAGUCAUCCCAGAGCCCUCCUAUGGCACCUCUCUCUCCCUCAGAAUUCAAACAGCAGUUCACUCUAAUGAGGCAGUGGUUCAACAGCUUCACAGAUGAACAGAAGAAUCGUGUUCUAGCAGAACUUUUGGAACAUAUUGGCCCCAGCCAGCUUCACCUUCUCUCAGUGACCAUUGGAGGUCGUCUCCACCAUGGUUGCCCACCCAACUGCCAGGAUCCUGUGGGAUGGCUCCCUCCUGGCCUAGCUCUCACUAUCUUUUCUUAUCUUGAUCCAGUUUCCCUUGCUCAAGCAUCACAAGUUUGCAAAGCAUGGUACAACCUAGCCACUCGAGAUUGCCUGUGGCGAAAUUUAUCACUCCAUAAUGAAUGGCACUUGACUGAGGCUUCUCACAACAAACAACUAAGUCGCUGUAGAAGAAAGGAUGGGUCAGUGGACUGGAAACAGGUAUUCAUAGAACGCCAUCGACUUCACCGUAACUGGAUGAGAGCCCAUUGCCAUGUCAGGACAUUUGAAGGUCACACUGAGGGAGUAUCAUGUGUCCAGUUUGACGACCACAGAAUAGUUUCUGGAUCUCAUGACAAUACUAUUAAGGUCUGGAAUAUGCGGACAAACUCUCGCUGGUCAGUACAAACACUGGUGGGACACUCAGGGAUGGUGAGAUGCCUCCAUCUAGCUGGCAACCGCCUAGUGAGUGGUUCGGCUGAUGCUACAAUUAAGGUUUGGGAUGUGGAGGAAACAAGUCAGUGGUCAUCAAUUAAUUGUAAGGUCACAAUGAUAGGACAUUCAUCAACUGUACGCUGUUUACAGGUCAGUUAAAUGCUUGCAAAUGGGAUGGGUGGGUAGGUGGGAAAAGAAAGAGAAAUUAGAGGGAAAGAGAGAGAAAGAUUAAAGAGAAAGAGAGAGAAAUAGAAAGAGAAAAUAGAGAGAAAGAGACAGAGAGAUAUUAAAGAGAAAGAGAUAAAUAGAGAAAGAAAGAGAGAGAGAACUUAGAGAGAAAGCGAGAGAGAGAAUUUAGAGAGAAAGAGAGAGAGAGAGUUUAAAGAGAGAGAAAAAGAGAGAAA